AUGAGCCACAAACGCUCAACGAACAGAAGCGCCGUAACGAUGGAGGAACUGGAAGACGUGUUCUACGACAAUCCAUCCAUAGGCGCGUCUAUGAACGAUUGCGAGCACCGAAACAGCGAACCCCCAACGAGCCCACACAGCUUCGGCUACCCGUCUCAUCAUUCUGGCUUCCGCUCCGACAGCAGCUCGGAUUUGGGGAUGUCGGCAUCAGCAGGGAGGUUCAGUCCACCCGCUUGGAGACGCGACCCAGCCGAAAGCAAAAACGGCUUUCUUAGUAGCUUGGGUCGCGGACUCGGAAAACGGCAUUUUGACUCGAGAGACAGCAGUCCUGAGUAUGAGAGUGCCGAAGAUGGAGACGAUACUCUAGCGAUGGCUGCUAGGACAAGACUGCCUUCCGGAUCACUGAGCCCUGAGAAACAACGAAGUCCGAGCCCAGCACCCUAUCAUGCGACUCCAGCGCCAUUCGCUCCUAUUGCAACUACUGCCUUUGAUGGCACUUUCAUUAAGCAGGAGCAUGAGCAGACGGAAACACCGCACGAAGAUUCAAACAAUUAUAUCAGAUUCCAACUCAAAGCAGAACUACAACACCGUACACAACCAUAUGAAGAUGCUAUUCGGGCUGUCAGUGGUAGAUUGGCUCGAAUCACAAGAUCGAAAACAUCUAUGGCAGUUUCUGCAUUGAUCGCCUUCCUUUCAGUGCUUCUUUAUCGCACAAUCUUCAUGGCGCCCAUUUCGGCACCAGUACCCGACUUGGUCAAAGUAGCCGGUCUUGCUAAGGCUUUCGAACCUCUGAUAUAUUAUUCAGAGAACGGUGCCUACCAGAUCGAUGAUCUUCAUCAGACUGGUGUAGCAGUAUGGGAUCUUGGAGAGAGUAUUCGAUCUACUAACAUGACUUCUGGGCCUAUCAUCGCUCAGGAGCUAGAUGAACUAAGCGAGAGCCUGAAGCAGUUGGCUGUCAGUCUUACAACAUUCUUCGCAAAUGUGGAUGGCGAUGUCGAUGCGAUCCUAAUAGUAAUGGACUGGUCCCGUCUCGAGCUUGCCCAAAUUCAAAGCUCGCACCCGUCUGCCAUCACGGCAGCGUUUGACAAUAUGCAUGACUUUCUCUCUCGAACUGGUCUUCUAGAGAAUGGUUCGGGCGACCCCACCCGUCUUGGGGUCUUCACAACAAGAGUAUUUGGCCUCACCAACCCACAACAGACUCGCCAGACUCUCCAGAGGACAUUCACCGAAUUCCUCAACAUCCUAGAAGAGUCCAUCAACUCGGAACUCAAACAUUCUCUCGCCCUCUUCGCCCUCUUUGAGGCCAUCGACAAGCAAUUCCACAACCUAGCCCGCACCGUCGUCCGCGAGCUCUCCGCGCAAGAAGCAGCGCAAGAAGACAUGCUCUCCAGCCUCUGGACCAAGAUCCUCGGCGCAAACGCCAGCACGCUCCAAAAGUUCGAGCGCAACAAAAAACACCUCGCCAACAUCCGCGCCAAGACCCUCAUGAAUAAAUCCGUGCUAAUGGAACAUAACGGCAAACUUCUAGCGCUGAAAGCGAAUCUUGAAUCGCUUAGACGGAAACUUAUUAGUCCGUUGGUGCGCGCGAAUGGUAGUUCACUUACUAUUGAGGCGCAGAUUAGAGGGUUGGAAGAGGUUUCGAGUUAUUUGGGCGCGGUGAGACAGAAGCAGAAGGGGAAUCGCAUGGCGAUGCUUUAUGGUGCUGGUGUGAAGAGUGCUAGGAAUAGGAUAAGAGCGGGAAAUGCGGAUGAUGAUGAUGAAGGGUAUGAGUAUUGA